CGGCGACAACCCUAGAAAGCAUUCCACAGUGUUUUGUUGUUUUUUGUGCAAGCGUCGCAUUAGCUCCGUUCCAGACCCAAAUCGGGCAUAUAUAGCCAGCCCACAUCCGGUUGCAGGUGCGCAGGAGCCCGAGGACAGCGCCCGCCAGCCCCUGACGCGGGUUCUCCUGGUCGCAGCAGCGCCAAACAGCUGAGUAAGGAACAAAGGAACACCAGCGCACACACAGACGCAACGCACACACACACAGAGGGGCUGAGGCACGCACAAGAGAGAGCGAGAGAGGCAGCACAAUGGGACGCAUAUUUCUGGAGCACCUCGGCGGGCUGAAGCUCUUCAACUGCGCCCAGUGCCACACGAACCUGACCAACCGCAGCCAACUGAUCAGCACCCGCUUCACGGGCGCAACAGGACGCGCCUAUCUGUUCAAGCGGGUGGUCAACCUGACCUUCAGCAACAUCCAGGAACGGGUCAUGCUCACCGGCCGUCACAUGGUGCGCGACGUCAUGUGCAAGAACUGCGGCGCCAAGCUGGGCUGGAUGUACGAGUUCGCCACCGAGGAGUCGCAAAAGUACAAGGAGGGCCGCGUGAUCCUGGAGUACGCCCUGAUCACCGAGGCGGAGGGCUUUCCCUCGGAGGCCGCCACCACGAGUCACUGAGCCGACCGAGCUGAGCAGCCAGCCGGAAAACGACAAACGAGAACCACGCAUUGGCCGAGGAACCGUGUGUAGCCCUAAGUAUUGAGUAGCAGGCCACAGGCGAUGGCCUCUCUGCAUUAGACCUAGUUUAGAGAUCGCCGUAGUCGGGGAGCACCCGCUGGGCAUCCGGCACGGAGCACCUGCGUCUACGGCUCUGUCUUAACGUGACUUAAACGUAGUUAUAUAGGCACAUCUAGCACGUAAGCAGCUGCGGCGCCCGAUUCUACCAUUAACAUGUCAUGAGGCUGAAGUGCUAACCAGAGAUAGGUCCCCUCCACCCAUCGGUUCGAACUGAUCCGCAGUGGACGGAUCCCGAUCCACACUUGUGUCUUUUUCAAACAAGAUCUCUAGACCGUAAUCAAUCACAGCAAUAAAGUACCACAAUAAUCGAAUAGCA